AUGUCUUUCUCGACCUCGGUCUGUGUGCGAUGUAGCCUACAAAGGCAAUUUCCUCGUCUUUUCUUCCAUACAUCCUCGGCUUCGCUACGUGGACAAUCAAAGCGAAAACAUCCACCACCGAGGAACUGGGUCUUGCAACAUGCAGACCCACCUCCAAAGGACCCAUUUGGUGGCUAUAAUAGAACAAGAUAUGAUCAAAAUCACAAUUCGUCGCACAGAGCGGCCCCAUGGAGCCACUCGAACGAUACAGCACGGAGAUUCAACGACGCUCCUCGCUUCAAGGUUCCACGAGGAGUAAAACAACAGAAAGAAGCUAUCAUUAUACGAGUCACAAACUAUUGGAGCAAUCAUUCCCAUGUCCAACGGUUUUUUCACAUCCUCGGAUUUGAAAACAGAAAAGACUACGCAAGACUCGCCAACGUGUUCGCUGGUCGCAUCAAGGAAGAGCUACACAGUAGCUCUCCAGAGGAGUUGGAUAAACUAUGGCGCUGGGAGGAUUUACAGAAUAGGAUGGAGAAUGGGCCGAAUGAGGCGAUCGACCGCGCGUUGAUGGCUCGUUUCCUCAAAAUUAUGCCACACGUAGACCAAGAACAAUUUGGCUUCCUGCAAGCGGUGGACGACGCGCUUUUGCUUACCCACCCGGCUGAGCUACACCCGGCCGCGAGACAAGUGCAGCGCAAGAUUAUACUGCAUGUAGGACCAACAAAUAGCGGGAAGACGUAUCAUGCUCUCCGUGCUUUAGCAGGGGCACAGUACGGCUGUUAUGCUGGUCCUUUGAGACUGUUAGCCACCGAGAUAUUUGGGCGGUUGAACAAUGGUGACAUCGCUCCCACCGGAGCUGACCCAACCAAAAAGUAUCCACGGGUCUGUAAUCUCAUCACGGGAGAGGACGUGAAGAUUCUUGACGAUGAGGCCGGGCUGAUCAGCGCAACAGUCGAGAUGGUGCCGCUCACUCGCAAAUUCGACGUAGUAGUCAUCGACGAAAUCCAAAUGAUUGCGAAUUCGGAACGCGGGGGCGCCUGGACGCAAGCCCUGCUCGGUCUCAACGCCGAGGAGAUCCAUCUAUGUGGAGAGGAGAGUGCAGUUGAACUGAUUAAGGAGCUUGUCAAACCUGCAGGCGAUGAGGUCAUUGUCAAUCGCUACGAGCGCUUGACGCCCCUUCAGAUUGCGCCCAAGAGCCUGGGUAACAACCUUGCAGACAUCCGUCCUGGCGAUUGUAUCGUCGCGUUCUCACGCAAGUCUAUCUUUGGUCUCAAACAUCUCAUAGAGUCCAAAACCGGACUGCGGUGUGCCGUUAUUUAUGGCAAACUACCACCAGAAGUCCGAGUCGACCAAGCGGCAAAAUUCAACGCUGGAGACGUUGAUCAUUCUGUACUCAUUGCUAGCGACGCGAUUGGUAUGGGUUUGAACCUGAAAAUCAAGCGAGUACUAUUCUCCACCCUAAAAAAAUGGGAUGGCUACAAGAACGUCACUAUUUCUCUCUCCGAAAUCAAGCAGAUUGCAGGUCGAGCUGGAAGAUAUGGUCUGCACGACGCCGAUUCUGUCGGAAUUGCGACAACUUUUCUGCAUCAGGAGCACCAGAUCCUUGCAUCUGCGAUGAGUAAUGACGUUCGAGAACUAAAAUACGCUACUAUCGCCGCGGAUAGCGUCUGGCUCGGACGACUACAUCGCACACUUCCACCUAGCACGGGACUUGGCGAACUCUUUCAAUUACUCCAAGACGUUGCCAUAUGCGAUGCACCAUUUUCCAUCACAGAUUACUCAAAACUGCUAGACGCAGCGUAUACAAUCGAUGAGGCAUGUCCAAAUCUCAGCAUUGCGACAAAAGCGACCAUCGCCCAGGUGCCUGUCCCAUGGGCGAUCCCCGAGGCCGUUCCGAUAUUCGAAUCGAUGCUCGUGGCAUAUGAGAAUGGCGAAAUUGUCGAUCCAGAGGCAAUCUUCCGGCAGGCCGGGCUUAUGCUCAUUUUGGAAGACGUAAUGGCCGCUCGCGAGGAGCAACAGUCGCAGAAAGAUACAGAUGGCGGCGCUUCACCUGUCCUUUCCAUGCGUGAAUCCUCAAUCCGGUUAGAGGGAUUGGAGCUGCUGCAUAAGAUGCUCUGCGUCUAUUUGUGGAUGAGCUACCGAUUUCCUGUGACUUUUUGCAUGCGUGAACGAGUACAGGAUAUCAAGUUGGCCACAGAGGCGGGCAUCCAAUUUUGCUUGGAGAUGGUGUCGCUCGAGCGCGCAAAGGAUAUUGACGAAAGGCUCACGAAGGACAGUCCACCUACCUCGGAGUCUCCUUAUGCUUGA